CUCACAGCAUCGAGCUGCUGAAGCAAAGACAUGAUUCUUUUAACUGGAGCGACAUCCAUCAGCUUUUUCAUCUUACAUUUGGAAAGAAAGAAAAAUCCACAUCUAUUGAGAGAGGAGCACCGACAUGCUUUGAAGAGGAUUUAAUAAGGACGAGGGGGAAAAAAGGCAGGGACAAUGGCGACUAGACCACCGGCGGACCACAGGAGAUUGUGGACUGGUUCGUGCCGACGCCAUGGCCUCAUCUGCUUGAUGAUUUUUGUCGUAGCUUAUUUAUUUUAUAGCACAAAGACCACCUCCAAAUGGAAUUCUGAAAUGGAGAUGAAAAAUCAUACAAACCCGCCGGACAGGAUCAACAAAAGUCAGACAGAACGUGCCACUUUCAGAACGAGAAACAGGAACAGCAACACGCCUGAAUCUAAUCCCACUUUGCACACCAACGCUGCUGGUGUUGCUUCUGUUAAAGCUGCUUUUACUUCUGUUAAAGCCAUUAUUGCUUCUGCUAUGUCCUCUGUAAAGGCCGAUACGGCCUCUGCUGCUUCUGGAGCUGCUGCGGGUUUUUCAGCCAAUGCCAGCUCACCUGUCGUCCCUCAAACUCACAUCGCCUCCACUGCGCACCAGGAAGCCGUUAAAACACAGAGACCGCCCCCGGCGCCGUAUGUAUCGCCCGGUCCUUACUUGGUGGAGUACCCCUACGAGUACCACUUCAUCAUCAACGAGCCGGAGAGGUGCGAGCAGGAGAAGCCCUUCCUGGUCCUGGUGGUUCCCGUGGCGCCCUACAACAAGGCCGACCGGGACGUCAUCCGCGCCACGUGGGGAAGCGAGAGCUCGGUCAGCGGGAAAGCGGUGAGGGUGUUUUUCCUGCUGGGCCUGCAGGGCGACGCUGAAAUGCAGCAGCAGCUUCUUCAAGAGAGCGAAGCGCACCGGGACCUGAUCCAGAGCGACUUCGUCGACUGCUACAAGAACCUCACCAUCAAGACCAUGGUGAUGCUGGAGUGGCUGGACUCCCACUGCCCGGGAGCCUCGUACGCCAUGAAGAUCGACUCCGACAUGUUCCUCAAUGUAAAAAACCUUGUAAACAUGCUCAUAUGGGCUCCAAAAUAUAAUUACAUGACCGGUCUUGUGGCGCGGAAUGCCGCGGUGCUGAGGGACCCAUCGUCUAAGUGGUACCUCCCGUUUGAUCUUUACCCUCAGCCACAGUACCCACGCUACGCUCUGGGUCUCGGUUAUAUUUUGUCUUCCGACCUUCCAAAGAAGCUCAUCCAGGCGUCCCGGCACGUGAAACCAGUCUACAUUGAAGACGUGUUUUUAGGCUUGUGCAUGCAGCAGCUGGGAAUCCCUCCCACCGACCCGCCCGGCUGGGACUACUUCCACGUCUUUCCUCUGCGGUACAACCGCUGCAGCUUCUCCAGGAUUAUAGCCACGACCACCGAGGAAAGAACUGAUCGGGUCUGGCUCUGGAAAGACUUUAAGAAACCAGGACCCUACUGUUGAUAUGAACAAUGAAAACUUUAAACAUUUCUAUUUGAAGGCUGUUCUCAGGAAAACAGUCACU